AUGAAUCAGCCUGGAGUCGCACCAGCAGAAACCUCGAUCCAUGUUCCUCCCACGCGCAACACCUCGGCGCUUCUGAGCUCCGCUUGGACCGCACGCGAGUAUAAUGGCAGACAUGCCUCGCAAAAGAGAAGGGCUUGUAACGAAUGUAGGCAGCAGAAGCUUCGAUGUGAUUUAGCGCAUAGUCCUGAGGGGGCUGUCAGCAGUUGUUCACGCUGUGCCAAAUUGGGCCUGAGUUGCAAAGUUGACGAGAGCUUUCAAAGAACGAGAAAGCGCAGACGGUCUGCAGAUUUCCAAGAAGAAAUUUCAUCCCUGAAGCAACAACUUGAGCAAUAUCAGCGUCAGCGGACUUUCUCUGGUACGCCCGCUGAACACGUUCUAGGAGACGAGACACCUGAUCGAUCUGCGCCCGGUCGACUUUCCGCGAGCCCAGCUGCCAACAGAGGCAUUGUCAGCAACACACAGAGGACUCCCAGCCUGGUCAAUAAUGGUCUGCUACCGCCAGCAGACUCAGAUAGCCUGUCGCCAGCCACAGAGCGCAAUGACCUUACAGGCACUACGACGCGGCCUCAUGAGCAUGAGAUAGAGGCGCCUCCGAAAACUUCCCCUGCCGCGAUUGCUCGGCCACGAAGUCUGGGCCACGGGAAUGUGACUCUCACAGAAGAUGAGAUCGAAGAGCUAUACGCUGCCUUCUUCAGUCUCUACCAUCCGACUUUGCCUAUUCUCGAUCCAGAAAUAUCGGCGCAACAGUACUGCGAGACUUCGCCGCUGCUCUUUUGGUGUAUCAUGGCUGUUGCUGCUCGCCGGUCAUUAACCAAUUCGACUCUCCUCUCAAAGUUGUCUCAGCCGGUCACAGAUCUGCUAUGGAAAGCUGUGCGAUCUGUACCACACUCGCUUGCCUUGGUGCAAAGCAUUCUGCUCAUUUGCACCUGGCCUUUCCCAACGAGCAGUAGUGCUACAGAUCCUAGCUAUGUCUUGAUGCACACAGCUGUGUCGGCGAGCGUGCAAAUUGGCCUCCACAGGCCUCAACACCAGCAAGACUUCGCCAAAUACCGGAUCAGGUUGACCGAGAAGGAAGUAGCGGCUAGGAUAAAGAUCUGGAUAGCCUGCAACAUUGUCGCUCAAAGCGUCAGCAUAGGUGUCGGCUUGCAGAGCCCUGCACACUUGCAGGAUUGGUCUAGUAUUGAGCCCUUGGCGAGACAGAUUGAAUCGCCGUCCGAUUCCAUCCGCCAAAUGCUGCAAGUCGAGCUUUUCCGCCAUAAGGUCACUAUGGCUCUUGCUAGCAAUCCGGAGACCGAGCUGAUGACGAAGCCGACCCAUGAGCGCCUCCCACUCUACAAGCUCCUGAAUUCAGACUGGUUGGUGCUCGAGGCCGCGCUUGGCCAAACAGAUGGACUGAUUCGUUUCCAUCUGCUAGCAGCUCGCCUGCAUCUACAUGCAUUCUACCUGUUCGAUGAGGCGACCUCGAAGGAUUACGUGGAAAGGAUCCUCGCACUUUUUGCCACUGCGUCGGCCUUGAUCGAGCAUACGCUCAACUAUGACUUUGAAGAAUCAGGCUUCACAUCCCAUUGCUCGUUCCACGCCUACCAAAGCUUUUCGUCCGCUGCCUUUGUACUGCUGAAGGUGCUUCGAAGCGAAUACUACGCCGAUCUGACCAGUCAAACAAUCACAACCACGAAGAGGCUAUUCAAUUCGAGCGUUAUGGCCCUUAGAAAAAUGUCAGUCAGCAACAAUGAUCUACCAGGAAGGCUCAGCGAUGUGCUAGCUUACCUUUACAACCACCCCAACCCUAGAGUCGUCUGUGGAGAGGGCGCAUCGGCACUUCAGCUAAGCAUACAGUCCCGAUUAUCGAUGAGCAUCGUUUACGAUUCAUUAUGGAGGUGGCGAGAUCAGUUCAGUUUGAACGCGUCACAGGUCAACGGAACUGCUGCGCAAGUGAACGAUGCAGAAUUUCAAGCGGCCAUGCAGGAACUCCCAGCUCUCUUUCAAUUCGAUGACAUGAAUGGCUUUCCCUCCGACGACCUUUAUUUUGACUGGUUUCGCUGA